CGCGCGCACGCGUAACCAACGCUGUGUUUUUUACCUUAUCCGCCGGUAACGACACACCGACCGACAGUAUUGAUCGGGUGUUCGCCACGAAACGGCGUCUCGAAAAUGCGACACGAUUAUUUCCGCGCUUAGCCAGUGUUUCGACGACAAAUUGUAAACCCGAUGCUUUAAAUACACUAAAUAUGGAAAAGUGAAAAAAGGUGUUAAGAGUGAUUGCUCUGAAAGGUUGACGAAAUGUCUAAGAUUCCGGUUGAUAAGAAUGGCAAAUUAAGAACGUUGGAAUUGCGAGGAGUUUACUCCACAUCAAAAUUAAAAAGUUUGGAUACCAUUAAAUCUUUUGAUGUAUCAAGACCUGCCGAUGUCACUGAAAAGACCCAUGUUGUUCCAAAAAUCAAAAAUGAUAUAAAGGAACCAGUAUUUUGCAAGACUUAUACAUCAUUCAUACCAAAAAUGAGCUUAAAUUUGGAAAAAGUGAUUGAACAAAAUCCUAGAAUUUUAGAUCUGCGUGAAAAAUUAAAUCAAAUAACGAAAAAACAAGAUUGCAACGUUGAUAAAAAGACAAAAGGUCUUAUCAAUGAUCUAACACAGCAUCUGGUUGACAAGAAAGAUGAAGACGAGUCUGGUCCGUACAGUUUAUUGUUUGAUCUACAGUCCGAUCCUUCUACAUCAUUCAACGAAAGUGCUGCAGUGAACGUUUGGAACCGACCGAAAUCAGAAGUUCUGGGCGAUACUAAUUCUCAAAGUUUGAAUAAGUUAGUUAAUCCUAUUAACAAAAGUGCUGACAGGUUACCAAAUGUUUUGAAUUUCGAUGAAAAACCAAUGAGGGAAUUUGAAUACUCUUGUGAAAAUGACUUUAACUUUCCAGCAAAGAAGACGUUCAAUACACAUUCUCGGUCUGAUCUCUGCUUACAGUUAAAAACACAUGUUCACACCAGAUUGUUUGACUCGAACUUGAGUCCAAAUGAUAACUCAUUAAAUAGAACGAAUGAAGAGAACUCGCUGGAUGAUAGUUUAGGCAUUUUGACUCCAGACCAAAUGGACGAUAUAUGUUACUUAGAAAAUGCAUUUUCACCUACAGUGGAGGGACUACCAAUUUUCUGUGAUACUAAUGAGAGUAAAAUGUCUCCGGAUAAUGGUGAUACCCCAUCGACUGAUAAGACUGAAAGCAAUUCUGCAGCAUCGACUAUACAAAAUGAUGGUUUUGAUAGCUUAGAGAGUAAAAGGUGUACGUUUGAAGGUCAACUGGCUCCCAUUGUGAGCUUGGAAACAAUAAUGAAUAACGAAGACCACAAUUCCCUAACAUCCUUUGAUUCUCCGGCUCAUAAAUGUAGUGAUACAUUGUCUAAUCAAGAGCCAUUGUCAAUUGGUUCGAAGAUCUUUGAUAUGCCAUCCCAAGAUAUUGCAAUAGGAAAAGAUGAGUUGUCUUCUAAUUUAAUCGACGAGGAAUUCAUGCCAUCUAUUCAUAGCAGCAUUUUAGAACCAGUUAGUUCUAUUGCUGAAAAUGUUCCCAAUUUAGAAAUAGCUCUAGAUUGUAAGCACGGAAAUCUAUUGAUUUCGAAUAGAAUUGAACAAACACCAUCACCUGAGGAUUUGCCAUUAGACAGUUCAGAAAUAAAUGGAGAAAUAAGUACGUACUCUCAGUUCUCUGCAUCAACACUUCAUGAUUCCCAGACUUAUUCGGAUGGUAAAAAUGACUAUCCAAAAUCAAUGGAAACUUCCAAAGUUUCUAAUAGUUUCAUAACAAGUAUUACUAGUAUUACAAGUUUAGAUGGUUACCAAGGAGAUGGAGAAAUGUCUAGACCAGUGAGCAGGGGAGCUGAUCAUUCCAUUGAACACCGUGAAGAUGCUAUUGAAAUGGACUGGCAAAAUGUGCCCGUAACUAGAAGAGCAGAUCCCAUGACAGACUCUGAUUUUUUCACAGAAAGUGAUGCCGAUGGCUUAGACGAUCACAUGCAAAGAGGUGACCGACGCGCUCAAGUGAUAGAUGGAGCGCUUUACGGAGGAAAGAAAGUGAAUGGUAAUCCACCUCUAAUCGUAAAUAGAAACGAGGACUCUUGCAUGGAAUCAAGUGGAGUGUACACUGACUUUGAAAAUCAUCGUACAUCUCCUGUUUUCUUAAAUGUCAUCGACGACAUGUCUCCUGAUGGGUCUACUCCUUCCACUCGUUCGGAAUGCAGUCAAAAGAACGCCAGCACAGGAAACCUGAAUUCAUAUUUUUCACCUUUGCAAGAUACUUUGGAGGAAAAUAAAUCUGAUACUUCUCACAUUAUAGAUGACGAUGAGACUCCGAAGAAUACUAGCAAAAGGAAUUCACUGAACAGCGUGAAAGAUAUGAAAGGCACUGAAAAGACUAAGGAAGAAAAGAGAAGCUUUACUUUGAAAAAAUACAAAAUGCCGAAGCGUGAUGUGCCAAGUAAACUAAAAAGUAUGCUGGCUAACAGAAAGACUGAAGCGGAUAACAGUGUACAGAGUAGCCCGAAGACUGUGAAAAAGACCGACAGGAGAGAGAAUCUGGCGAAGAAGAAUUCAAUAGAUACGAAGAAUGAUUAUAAGAUAAAACCAUUCAAGGAUAUUAAGUCAAAGGUGGACUGCUCGUUUUCAUUACAACGAUCUCAAACCUCGUGUAGCGUUACUAGAAUGUUAAGCUCAAAGUCGUCUAAUAACAACGUUAAACCUAAAAGUCGUCAUAUGCGUAUGCGCAUGGAGCUGGGUUCGGCGGCAGGCAGUGGCAAGAGCAGCCUACACAGUUCCCAGAGUGACAUCAGCGCCAGCAGCACCCCUCUGGGUAAACACUCCACUGGCCGCUUCCCGUUGCUCAGGAACGGCAAGAAAAGGGAGAGCGCCCCUACGCCGACAACCCCAGCUCGACCGCCGCCCACCCCUCCACAACCCCAAACUGUGCAAGCGAAGAAGAAUGGCGUGGUACCAAAGUUGUCGUCGUCACCGGUGGCGGUGCGUGCGCGCACCUCGCUGGCCCCGCCCCCUUCGCCACGAAAGCCUGCGCCCCACCGAGUGCCACCGGCCCAAAGACCUAACACUCUACCCACUAACAAAGCAGAGGCACCGCGAGUGGCAGCCGUGGUGGGGCCGCGUGGCAAGCGUGUUCAGACGCCGCAGCCCGUGCGCACGCCGCCCGUGCCCGCCGCAGCGCCCGCGCCGCAACCAAGAGAACAAGCCGUUGCACUCGCGCACGCCGCUAAAGGCGUUGAAGCCCUGGGCGUUUUAGUCCAGUAUUUAGUGUUUCGAUUGGAUGCACUGAAUGGUAGCAGUUGGCGUGUGGAGGCGGAGCGGUGGCGCGGUGUGGCGGCUGCCGAGCGGAGCAGCGCCGCACGCGCAGACCGCGACCGACAGCAACGAGCGCAAAAAGAUCUCGAUACCAUCGCAGAAUGCCUGAGCAAGAUCUCAGAGCUGGAGAUGGAGGUGUCGUCGAAAGAAGAGGCGAAUGCGCGGCUUCAGGCCAAACACAUCGAGGAGGUCGCUACACUUGCCAAUGAUAUCAAGGGACUCAAGGAUACAAUCGAAUCCCUGAAACACGAAGUCGCCGAGAGUAGGGCGCGUCUACACGCGCACAGCGAAAUCGAGCGCACGUUACGCGCGCAACUAGAAGCAGCGCGGGCGGAGGUGGAGCAGAGCAAGUCCUACAACACAUCGGUCAUGUCGGCCAACACGUCCACCGAUACAUCGGUUGACACGUCGUGGGACAAGUCGUGCAACAUGUGCGACGCGGCCUGCGACCCUGUGUGCUGCGAGGCGGAAGAUUGCGAGCUGCGAUUAGCUGCGAAUGAGGAAUUGAGCACAGACGCCAACGAGUUGGCAGCUGAAGUACGAUCACUUCGGGCGGUGAUUGAGCUGAAGCAGGCAGAGGUAGCGUCACUUCGCGAUGCGCGGACUGAACUCGCGGCGGAGCGGGAACGACGCGCGGCCAUGGAGCGUGAAGCGCGCGCCGCACGACACGCUGCAGAAGAGUUGCGGGAACGCGCCGCAGCACGCCAGCGUGACACCGACCGUCUGCGUGAUGACAACAGGCGUCUACGCGACGCAGCUGCACGCGACCGCGACCAUGCCGCGCGACUUGCCGCACUCAACGAGGAGCUGCGAUACAAGCUCAGACAGAAGUCGCAGGUGGUGUCUCUACUAGCGGGUGGUGGCUACAUCGAGCGCCCACCGAUGCGUGCGCGCACGUCGUCUGGUGACUCGGGGCGUUCAGCGUCUCCAGCACCUGACUCUCCCCCCUCACCUGCUGCAUCACCUGCUCCAGAUUCACCCCCUCUGCCCGCCGUUAAGGGCGUCGUCGAAAAACACGACUCCGUCAGCUGGGUUCUGGAGAUCGAAGAAACACCUGAAGAAGUAGCAUCUAGGUUGGCCAGGCGGUCAUCUUUCCGCACGGCUGCAUCGCCCAGUGGCGUAAAGCGCCGUGGUGGUGGGUCACCAGGCAGUGGGUCGCCAGCCCCAGCUUCCCCUGCGCCCAACGCUUCUAAGUUGUUCCGACCAGGAGAUUUGGACUUCCCCCCACCCCCACUCAAAGAGUCUGCCGGGGAAGCCAUCUACAUAUACGACGAUCGUCAGUAUUGAAGUGUGGAAGGAUUGGACUUUGUGCUCGUGACCGACUAGUCUGUGCCGCGUGCGCAGUGCGCCGCGGACGUGUGUCGUCCGGAUCAUGUUCUUGCCGGAUUAUAGUUAGCUGCACGGUGUGGAGACGUUAGCUUGUAGGAAACUGGGACCCAACCGGAAUGAUUGCUCUGCAUCUCGCGUUUAUGAAUUGAAUACGAAUGUACCUUACAUGGAAAUGGUGAAUGAAAAUAAUGAAACUAAACUCAAAAGAUACCUAUGGUCUAAAGCUCCUAGCUGUGGAAAACCAUUGUUUUAAUGGACUUUGCAAAUAAUUUAUGAGCUUCAAAUGUUAUUUUACGUAGAUUUAAUACGAAGUUUGCUCUUUCUCAAUAGAAUUUAGCUUGAAGUGAUAAUAAGUAAUAUGUUAUUCUCAUAAACGAUAUUAAAACAAUACCUUAGAUAUGUCAUAGUAAUCCUAGCUGAAGGGUUUUACCUAUUUAUCUUAUUUCAAUUUUUAUCGACUUCACACGUUUCUACCAUUAGUGGAUAAAUUAAAUGAAAUAAGGUAAGGAGUAGCUCCACACUCACUUUAAAUAUAAGAAGUUGCUUUUCUCAACAUUCUGGCCUCGGGACGGUAUACUCUAGUUAGGCUGCAUUUGAAGGAAAGUGUUAAUGUACCUGUAGAUUGCGCCAAUCAAUAAAAGUAGUUAGGUAUUUAUAAUAGUUCAACUAUUUAUUCUAUAUGUACUUCUUUUCUUUUUUAUUUUUCUUUUAUGUUGUACUUUAUUUAUUUCUGUUCAUAUCUCUCUUCUGUCUCGUUAACGUUCAUUUCAUAUUACAGUUAACAAUAAUUUACAAGUUCCUCUUUCAUUGAUUGGUGCAAUUAUUCUUGUUUCUGAUUGUUUAAUAAUAAAGGGAAGUGCUUUGAUAAUAUGUUAUCCUGUUCAGGCUUGUCAGUACUAGCAGGUUGUUACUGUAUUACUUAGCAAUAGAUUGAUCGUAAUUAUUAGGUAUUUAUAUUGUUUUGUAUUGUAUUUUUAAAUUAAUUAUUAUAUUUUAUCACACUCGUUGAAUUAUUUUGUACAAAUAACAAUUUUAAUGAUGAAAAAAUUAACAUAGUUAUAAGCGGAUGUGUAAUAUUGACGUUUUUAUUCUGUCUGUCGGUUUUGACGCUUUCAUUUCAUAACGGCUGAAAUAUUUUCUUCUAUUGUGAAUGUUAGUUUCGCAUUAUUUUUUAUGUGUCUUUUUAGAUUAAUUUAGUCCGCUAUUUCUAGAAGAAACUGAGAAACCAAAGAGUCGCGUUCAUCUAAACUCUUUGCCAUGUUCCUUAAUUUAAUGAAGUCUGUCAUAGAUAUUGCAUGAUGGAUCACAAUGUAAAUUCAGUUGAUAUGAUUUUUAUUUAUUUUUAAGCUUAUCGUUAUAUUACAUUAAAUACCAUUCCAAAAUUAAAGUGUAAUCAUAAAUAUAAUAACGUGAUUGCGAAGGAUAUUAAUAUAAAGAAUAAAAUAGUAUGUUAAAGA